AGAAAAGAAACUAGAAGAAUAAAAUCUACUGAGGUUAACAAACCUCUGAGGUGACGUAGAGAAGAACUCGAAGUGCCCUAAUGGAGGAAAGUGGCUGGGACUUCCCAGGUCAUUCGGAAGGAUACUUAGGUGGUGCCUCUACUAUUCCUGCUCCAGCUGAGCCUAUACUUGUUGGAUAUGUACCUUUCAAGUAUGGAAAACCUAGAUGUCGGCUGUGGAAACAAAACUCAUCUUCAAAAGGAAAAUAAAAAUCAGACCUAUGCUAGAUACCAUGUUACACAUAUUUGAGAAAAAUUCUCAGUGGGAAAUAUGAGUGAGCAUGUAAGAACAAGAUCCCAAUCCUCAGAAAGAGGAAAUGAACAAGAGUCUUCCCAGCCGGUUGAAUCUGUGAUUGUCCAGCAGCCCACUGAGGAAAAACGUCAAGAAGAGGAAGCACCAACUGAAAAUCAGGGUAUUGCACCUAGUGGGGAGAUCGAAAAUGAAGGAGCACCUGCUGUUCAAGGGCCUGACAUGGAAGCUUUUCAACAGGAACUGGCUCUGCUUAAGAUAGAGGAUGAGCCUGGAGAUGGUCCUGAUGUCAGGGAGGGGACUCUGCCCACUUUUGAUCCCACUAAAGUGCUGGAAGCAGGUGAUGCGCAACCAUAGGUGUACACCAAGAGAAAUGAAGACUGAAACGAAGAAUGUUAUUGUUAUGCUGGAUA